AUGCUCCUCUUGGGCCUGGUUAUCGUUGCCUUUGGAGCUCUCGUGGCGAUCUUCAUUUUAGGAGACCAGCCUCGGUUCAGAGGGACUUGGAUCCACAGCCUAUACUUGACCUUGACUAGGGCUAGUGGGCGUCUCACUCGUUGGUUAGGUAUAAUUCUUGAUGAGAAUCCUGCGGUGGGAUCUCUACUACGCUGGCUGGUUCCGGUUUUCUACUGCUGCAUUGUGACUUUUUGCAUCUACUUGUUUUUCGCCAACGUGUAUGGCAAGCUUCCGCCUGAAAUCAAGGGCUCACUUUUCCAUCACUUGUGGAUCUUCAUGUCAAUUGCAUGUGUGGCUGCUUCUACGACUAUGGUUACUUUCGUUGAUCCUGGCACAGCCACAGCGUCAAAUGUUGAUCUUGCGACAUCUUUGUUUCCUGCCAAUGGACUUAUCUUCUUCGAGAAGCGCUGCUCCACAUGCAACCUUCAGAAACCGGCUAGGUCGAAACAUUGUAGCACCUGUAACAAAUGUGUUCUUUUAUACGAUCACCACUGUUUGUGGGUGAACAAUUGCAUAGGGCUCCGGAACUACCGCUGGUUCAUGGCAUACUUGGUACUGAACAUCAAUAUGAUGUUUUAUGGCGGCAUUUUGUGCUUUCUGGAGCUCCGGUACCAGAGACAUUUACAUUAUCAAAAUUGGGGCUGGUGGGCGUUGAUCACCAGAACAACAGAGUACAACCGCAUCGCCGGAAUCUUGACCAUAUUGACGGCUCUUUUCGUGCCCAUCACCUCGAUUUUUACUAUCUUACAUCUUCGAUAUCUAUACUUGGGCAUCACAACAAACGAAGCAGGCAAAUGGGGUGAAAUAGAGCAUCUUGUGGGGCUCAACGCAUUGGUUUACAUCGUAGAAAAGGGCCAAUACGCAGAACGUGCCACCAUGAGAGACGCCGAUGGUUCUUUCACAAGAGCAUACUUGAGUCUCGAUGACGAGAUUGUGUUAUUCACCGAAAAAGAAGAAUCGAGGUACACGAUUCGCAGAAUCCAGCUGAUGGAAACAGACCUAGAUAAUAUCUAUGACAAAGGGUUUUGGAACAACUUCAAGGAGAGAGUGCUCACAAUUGCACAGAUAUAG